ACCGUUUUAUUCAAAAGUCAUUUAUUGAGUCUCGGAAUCAGUGAACAGUUGGAUGACCCGGUACUCAGAUCCCAGUUCUCCAGCGAUAAUAAAUACUAUCUUUCGUUAGCCAAACAAAUCAAUACUAUUAUCGAUCCCAUUGUCCGCCAAAGUGGUGGACAAAUGUCUUUGACGGACGUCUUUUGCACUGUGAAUAGAGCGCGUGGUCUAGAACUCAUAUCAGUUGAAGAUCUAUUGAAUGCCUGUUCGACACUCGCGUCCCAAAAGUGUGGCCUAAAGCUCGUGAAGUACUCGAGUGGUCUGCUUGUCCUCGAGAGUGAUAACUACAACGCGAAUGCCAUGAAUAAUAAGAUAAUCGAUUUGCUCGAAAAGUGUAACUCUGUGUCGGCCCAAGAGCUGGCUAUCGAGGCCAGCAUUCCUCUGGCGUUAGCCCGACAGCGACUCAUCGACUGCGAGACCAUUGGAAUCGUUUGUAGAGAUGAAAGCAUUUAUGGCUUGAGAUUCUUCCCAAACAAAUUUGUUUGACUUUUUAGGCGUUCAUUGUUU